UUGGUAUUGAGACAACUGAUGAGAAACUAGAAGAGAGCUCUGAGGGUGGGGAGGUGGUAGAGCUGUUAUGUAGCGGGGACAGAGGUCUUACCAGAAUUGUGAGAGUUCUUCAGGAUGUUUUGGGGCUAAAGAGUUUGAGUCUGUUUCCAUUGUUCUAUUAUAAUGAAUCUGUUGAGGUGGUGAAGAAGACCUACAGCUGAAAUUGUUUGUGCCAGGAGCCGUUUCAAUCCCAGGAGAAGUGUGCCGGCCUCAGUCAAGAGAACAUCUUUUUUUCCGUGAUUAGCUGGGUGAGCGGACGUGAGCCAGUAUCAUGGAAAAAUUUAAGGCAGCCAUGGUUCUAGGUGCUGUUGGUGAUGCCUUAGGCUACAGAAAGGGUCGAUGGGAAGGAUGCACCUCAGGCAAGAAGAUCCAAGAGGAACUGGCCUCUCUGGGGGGACUCGGGGCCCAGAAACUGGACCCAGAUAACUGGCCCCUGAGUGAUGCAACGCUGAUGCACAUGACCACAGCAGAAGCACUUGUAACAGAUUACUGGUGUCUGGAGGACUUGUACCGGGAGCUGGUGCGUCUCUAUGUUGAAGCCAUGGUGUCUCUCCAGGGCAGAGCCCCCGAUCCUGCCACAGUGGAGGGCUGUGUUCACCUCAAACCUCACAACUUCCUGCUCGCCUGGCAUACACCCUUCAAUGAAAAAGGAUCUGGGUUCGGGGCAGCCGCCAAGGCCAUGUGUGUGGGUAUGAGAUACUGGCCACCUGAGAGACUAGACAACCUGGUGGAGGUCAGCAUUGAGAUUGGCAGAAUGACCCACAACCACCCCACAGGCUUCCUAGGCUCCCUGACAACAGCGCUGUUUGCAUCCUAUGCGAUCCAGGGGAAACCUCUUGUGACAUGGGGCCGCGAGCUCAUGAAGGUCAUCCCUAAGGCUGAGGAGUACUGCAGGAAGACCAUACGACACAUGGCAGAGUAUCAGGAAAACUGGUUCUACUUUGAGGCCAAGUGGCAGUUUUACUUGGAAGAGAGGGAGAUAGAGAAGGAAGGACAGAACAAACCAUCGUUCCCUGAUCGCUAUGAUGCUGACGAGACAGACAAGCUGUAUAAGCGCUGGAGUUCAGAAGGCCGUGCAGGUCGGAGGGGUCAUGAUGCCCCCAUGAUAGCCUACGAUGCCCUUCUGGCAGCAGGGGGCGACUGGGCUGAACUGUGUAAACGAGCCAUGUUUCACGGAGGUGAGAGUGAAGCCACAGGCCUGAUCGCAGGUUGUCUUUAUGGCCUCAUGCAUGGCCUGAGCCAGGUUCCCGCAGGACUGUACCAGGAUCUGGACAAAAGAGAGCGCCUGGAGGAGUUGGGAGAAGCGCUACACAAAGCAGCGUCUUCAGAGAAGUGCAUAGACAAGUAAUCCUGCUCUUCACAGGCCUGAACCCUUCUGGCUGCCAGAGGAACUGCACAUGACUGAAAAAAUGCUUCCCUUAUCCCACACUAGCUUCUAGUCCUCCUUGGUAGCAUUUCAAUAGUCUUGAGGGGCAUCCUAUCCUCUACUCGCCUCUCUUGCCCUUCCCUCCUUGAUUUAGAUAUCCACAGAUCUGUCAUGAAUUGGAAAAUGUAAAGCACCUGUCACUGUAGGUGUGAGGCAGAGGGACAUCGAAAGGGAGACAAUUUAGGUCAUUGAGUUUCGGCCUUUGACUGCUUUCCUGGAACUACAUCUGCAAUCAGUUUGCAUAAAUUGCAUGUUCUGUUGAUGGCAGGGAGGAGUAACUUGUCUCUAUUACUCUGCCUAAUAUCAAAUGACAGAGCUGUGGGGAAAAGGAAACUCUAAGGCUGUAGUAUAGUUACCUUUUCUCAAAAUUAACAAUCAAAAGAUAAUUUCCUUUCUGACCUUUUCCUUUUCUAAAGCUAACCUGGAUUAACAUAAAGCACAUGGUUAUGUUGUGUGAUAGAGAAAUUGAAUUGAUCAAAAUCAGCAUAAAACAUUGUACGAACUUUUGAUAAAGUCUACUGAUACGUCUCUGUCCACAGCAAACUUGAUCUACCUUGGCUUUUUAAUGCAUGUAACGUGGUGAAAAUUGUGAGAUGAUUUUAACUUUUAUGCAUAACAUUACUGAGUUGUAGCAUAGUAAUAUACUGUGAUCAUUUAUUAUUUACACUGUGAUGCUCUUAUCAGGUAUAGUGUACUGUGAAAGCUCCAUUACAUGGUGACUAUUAAUAUGAUAUGAACAUUAAAAUGGACUCGGAUAUCACGCAUGAAGUGCCUGUCUCUCUUUAUCUUAACUACAACAUU